AUGUACAGGAUCUUGAUCGUUCUCGAAUGUAAUAUACACAAUGCAGAUAAGUAUCUACCUGUUCAGCGCAAAUUGAAGUCGAGGAUUGUGCAUCCGAAAGAUCUGGCGGACGGUCGCCGCUGUGCGCGGAGGGCGGUGGGUGGAGAGAAGUGUCACGUGGAGCUCGGGGCGCCGGCGCGGCCGGGCCGCCCGGGCUCUGCGAGCGACCCGGCCGCGGCAUUCCCCUGCCGGCAGCCGGCCGCCUCGCUAUGCGCGUCCUCGCGCUCCCCUUGGUGCCCUACGCGGCCAGUCGCCCGGCGGCCUGCGUCCCGGGCUAGCUGGAGCCUCGCGCCGCGACCGCAGCCGGCGCCCCUGAAGGCUGCACCCCGGCUGCAUGCUGAAGGGCGCCGCACGGGAGGCGGGGCGGCAGGUGGCCUCGCGCAGGUGCGGCCCGCGCACGGCCCGGGCCCGCAGUGGCAGCGCGCGGAGGCGCGGGCACGCCGCGGCGCGCGCUCAUGGAGCCGCCCUGGGAGAUCGAGCUGGAGCUGA